AUUUCAAUUUGUCGUUUUGUGGUUUCCGUUUCUUCGACUCUUGCACCUACACAACAUCCAAUUCCAUUCAUCUUAAAGCCCUACAAGUGUUAACAAUGCAGGCAAAACUUUUCUUAAUCCUUUCCCUUCUAACUGUUUUUGUGUACGGCCAAAGGCCUCGAACAAAAUCGGGAGACUGCCCCCCGUACCCCAACGUGGGGAUCUGUGAAGUGGCCUGUUUCGAAGACAACCACUGUGCCGGCCAUUUCAAAUGCUGCCGGACGGCUUGUGGCGGCACUUUUUGUACGGCCCCUGUAACAACGAGGCGAAUUCAAAGAGGAGAGAAACAAGGGUCUUGUCCAGUUGCACCGUCAGGCCCUUGGGUGUGCUCCAGCAGGUGUGCCCUAGACUCGGACUGCAGGGGGGCUAAAAAGUGCUGCAGGAAUCGGUGCGGGGCCAUGGCUUGCACCAAACCCGAAUUUUAAUCAGUUACAAUUGUAGUAUCGUUGUAUGAAUAAAAAUUAGCAAAUCGA